UCAGGAGGACAGUAGAGUUAUGUGUCGCCCGGUGGUGGGCCAGCCUUGGUGACGUCACCGUUGACUACAGUAUCUCCUUCCACGGCCUGACCACCUCACCGUCACCUCUACACAUACAUGCAUCAGACGGUUGUGACUAGUUUUGAGGUGUCCUCUCCCCUGAGGUACGAGGACGUUUCUCCCAUCAUCACUCUGAAGACUUGGGUCCAGCCACUCAGACCUCUGAGUUCUAAGAUCAAGGCUCUGGGUCACAGAGAUGUCCUCCCCAACAACAGACAGCUCUACGAAAUCAUCCUCACCUACAGCUUCCACCAGCCUAAGUCAGGAGAGGUGACCCCCAGCUGUCCAGUACUCUGUGACCAGUUGUAUGAAUCAGAGUUUGACUCUCAGCUCUGGAUGCUGUUUGACCAGAACAAGAGACUGUUGGGCUCUGGAGACAGCCUACCCACAACCAGUAGUAACCACAACAUUAGAAGAGACUACUGGUCUCUAGACCUCCUACCACACCAGUACUCUCUGAAACUAGAGAAAGGUGACUACACGCUGCGUCUGCAGGUGCGUCAUGAGCAGGCCAGUGAGCUGGAGCGUCUGAAGGACCUUCCGUUUGUGGUGUCCACCGUCUGUCACCACUACUCUGACCCUGGAUGUACCCUGACCCCUGGUGACCCUGACCCUGGAGACCCUGACCCUCACCCCUGGAGACACCUGACCCUGGUGACCCUGACCCCUGGAGACCCUGACCCCUGGAGACCCUGA